AUAAAAGAUGUAUGUUUUGGAGCCCAGAGCGGCUCUUUUAAUGAGGGUUGCGACGUCUCCCUCCCCACACCCAUCAACCAGCCGGGUUGGACGUCACCGCUAAUUCGUUUCAGCGAUGAUACGAUAAAGGAGGGACAUUAAGAAAUAAAUUCCCCCUCACGACCCUCGCUGAGCCCACGGCUGGGUCCCCGCAUAUUUACGCCGCGUUCCCAGCCGCCGGGCGCGCAGCGACUUAGCGCCGCGGCUCCUCCGAGGGGCGGCCGGGCGGCGAGCGGCGGCCCAGCGGACGGGCUCAGGAAGCCCCAGAUCUCAUCUGCAUCUAACGGGCUGGCGACCAAGAUAUCUAGAGAAUAGUUCACAUCUAUCAUACGUCACUUCUAGACACAUCCACCAGACACUUGUCCUCCAGUCUGCCUGACCUGUUGCUUAGGGACACGUCCCACUGCCUCUCCUGACGUCUGCCUGGUCAACCGUCAUUCCCUCAGAGAGCAAGGAGAGAGGCAGACGCAUGAAAUCAUGCCACCGAUGGGCCAACGGCAAUGAGUGGGUGACGCCGGGUUGACGUCAGAGGCAGAGAAGGCUGAAGCCUCUGCAGCACCCGUCUCCUGGCUCCUGCUCUUGGUGUCGCCUGCAGCCUGGUUCCUCCUGGCGAGAUCAUCUGGGCCUGAUACAUUCUGAAGUCUUCAGACGGGACUCUCGGAAGCCAGCCACCAUGGAGGAUCACAUGUUCAGUGUCCAGCAGAUCCAACCCAAUGUCAUUUCUGUCCGCCUCUUCAAGCGCAAAGUCGGGGGCCUGGGCUUCCUGGUGAAGGAACGGGUCAGCAAACCGCCUGUGAUCAUCUCCGACCUGAUUCGAGGGGGCGCCGCGGAACAGAGCGGCCUCAUCCAGGCGGGAGACAUCAUCCUCGCGGUCAACGGCAGGCCCUUGGUAGACCUGAGCUAUGACAGUGCCCUGGAGGUGCUCAGGGGCAUUGCCUCCGAGACCCAUGUGGUGCUCAUUCUGAGGGGGCCCGAGGGCUUCACCACACACCUGGAGACCACCUUCGCUGGGGACGGGACCCCCAAGACCAUCCGGGUGACACAGCCCCUGGGUCCCCCCACCAAAGCUGUGGAUCUGUCCCACCAGCCGUCGGCCAGCAAGGAACAGCCGCUGGUGGGGGAUGGGGCCUCAGGUCCUGGGAACGGGCCUCAGCAUGCCCAAGACAAUGGACAGGAAGCUGGCUCACUCUCCCACGCCAACGGCCUGGCCCCCAGGCCCCCGGGCCAGGACCCUACCAAGAAAGGAGUCAGGGCCCGCCUCCAAGGCGGAGGGGAGAGCAACGAGCUGCUCAAAGAGAUAGAGCCUGUGCUGAACCUCCUCACCAGCGGGAGCAAGGGAGUCAAGGGAGGGGGACCCACCAAGGCAGAGACGAAAGACACAGGAGUCCAGGUGGACAGAGAUUUGGACGGCAAGUCACACAAGCCUCUGCCCCUCGGAGUGGAGAACGACCGUGUCUUCAACGACCUGUGGGGGAAGGGAAAUGUGCCCGUCGUCCUCAACAAUCCGUAUUCAGAGAAGGAGCAGCCCCCCGCCUCAGGAAAACAGUCUCCCACGAAGAAUGGCAGUCCCUCCAAGUGUCCCCGCUUCCUCAAGGUCAAGAACUGGGAGACCGACGUGGUUUUCACCGACACCCUCCACCUUAAGAGCACACUGGAGACGGGCUGCACUGAGCACAUCUGCAUGGGCUCCAUCAUGCUCCCUUCUCAGCACACGCGCAGGCCUGAGGACAUCCGCACAAAAGAGCAGCUCUUCCCUCUCGCCAAAGAGUUCAUUGAUCAAUACUAUUCGUCCAUCAAAAGAUUUGGCUCCAAAGCCCACAUGGAUAGGCUGGAAGAGGUGAACAAAGAGAUUGAAACCACCAGCACCUACCAGCUCAAGGACACAGAGCUCAUCUAUGGAGCCAAGCACGCCUGGCGGAACGCCUCCCGCUGCGUUGGCAGGAUCCAGUGGUCCAAGCUGCAGGUGUUCGAUGCCCGCGACUGCACCACGGCCCACGGGAUGUUCAAUUACAUCUGCAACCACGUCAAGUACGCCACCAACAAAGGGAACCUCAGGUCAGCCAUCACCAUAUUUCCCCAGAGGACAGAUGGCAAGCACGACUUCCGAGUGUGGAACUCCCAGCUCAUCCGCUAUGCUGGCUACAAGCAGCCCGACGGCUCCACCCUGGGGGAUCCCGCCAAUGUGGAGUUCACAGAGAUUUGCAUACAGCAGGGCUGGAAGCCCCCGAGAGGCCGCUUUGAUGUCCUGCCGCUUCUGCUCCAGGCCAACGGCAACGACCCCGAGCUCUUCCAGAUUCCUCCAGAGCUGGUGUUGGAAGUGCCCAUCAGGCACCCCAAGUAA